AUCAAUUUCAUUGCCGUUGUUGUAACAAUGUUUUAAAAUAAAAAAAAAUGUACAUGCGUUAAUCGCAUUGAUAAAUGUUUUUGCAAGUACGGCGCUUAUCCAUGUUGAUUUCAAAGAAACAAAUGAAAUGAUGAGUGACUAUAAAAACCAUGGCUGAUUUCAACAUUUGGUCAUUUUUCUCGUGAUUGAUUGAUCGAUUGUAUGUGAAUUUCUUAAUAAAAAAAAAUAAAAUGACUACCAUAUCUGAAUUUUCUGUAUUGGAAUUUUAUCACGAUAAAACCAUUUUCAUAACUGGUGUCACUGGAUUUGUUGGUAAAGUUUUGUUGGAAAAAAUCCUACGACAAUGUUCCUGCAAACGUAUCUAUGUAUUGAUUCGUGAUAAAUGUUUUGAAACAUCACAAAAAAGACUUUCAAAUCUAUUGUCAACAUCACCAGUGUUUGAAUUGCAUCAAGAUAAAAUUGAUAAAAUUUUUGCCAUCAAUGGUGAUAUUACCGCUAAUGGAUUAGGUAUAUCCGUUGAAGAUCGCAAAAAAUUAAUCAAUGAAGUUGAUGUUGUAUUCCAUUCAGCUGCGACAGUUAAUUUUGAUGGCAUUACGAAAAAAUUUAUCGAACAAAAUAUCGAUGGUACUGAUGCUAUUUUAAAGUUAUGUAGUGAAAUGUUGAAUUUGAAAUCAAUUGUCUAUGUAUCAACUGCUUAUUGUAAUUGCCAUCUUAAAGAGAUUGAAGAGAAAAUCUACCCAAUCGAUACUGAUCAAGAUUUUGAAUCAUAUUUAAAUGAUUUGAGAAUAAAUUAUGGUGACAUCAGCCUCAAAAUUGGUGAUGAAGCAUUGAAGAAUCGACCGAAUCCAUAUACACUCUCCAAAUCAAUAGCUGAAUGGAUGAUUGAAAAACGAUAUUCAUCCUUACCGAUAAUCAUUUGUAGACCAUCGAUAGUGAAUAGUUCGAUUAAAGAACCAAUACCAGGAUGGUGUGAUUCAACAGCUGGUGUUGCUGGCUCCGUUCUUUGUAAUGGUUUAGGCAUAUCACGAUUAGUGAUUAUGGAUCUUAAUGCUAAAGCCGACAUUAUUCCUGUUGAUAUUGUUGUAAAUGCAAUGAUUUGUUCGGGUGCUUUUCGUGCUUCCAAUUUUUAUAAAGAUGAUAAAAAAGUUGUCAACAUUACAUUGGGUGAUAACUCAAUUACAUGGGGAAAAUUAGUCAAUGAAACUGAUCGAAUGAAAAAUGUUACACCAUCAAUGAAAACUAUACGACCGGUUUCAGUAUAUGUAAAUCCAUCACGAACAUUAUUGGAUCGGCUACAAUUGAAUCUGAUAAUGAUAUUUUCACAUUAUCUAUUCGCAUAUUUAUUCGAUCUGAUAUGUGUAAUAAUGAUGCAAAAAAGAUUUAUGGUGAAACUAAUGGAUCGUGUACACAAAGGUAUAUAUUUAUUGAAGCCAUUCACUUGUAAUGGAUGGUUAUUUCAUAAUCAUAACAUUCAAUAUAUGAAUGGAUUAUUACCAGAAAAUGAACGAUUAUUAUUCAAUACGAAUGUAAAUUCAAUUGAAUGGGAAACAUAUUUUUAUAAUUUUGUUCUUGGCUGUCGUCGUUAUUUGGUCAAUGAUCCAGAUUCAACAUUAAAUAUGGCUAAACGUCGUUAUAAUCGUAUAGAAAUCAUUUAUACAAUAUCCAUUUUAAUCAUUCAUUCAUUAUUAUAUUGGCUAUUCAAAUCAAUGGUGCUUCAAACUAUUUUAUGGUCAUCCAUUCUAAUUCUUUUUUUCGAUUUUAUAUUUCUUCUCUACAUUGGUUAUCAUCUAUUUCAAAUCAAUGGAAACAUUAUCGAUGAACUUCAAUUUAUGACCAAACAUUUUUCUAAAGAAAAUUGAUACACACACACACACACACACACACAUGAUGAAAUUAAUUAAAAAUAAAAAAUUUUUAUUCAA